AAUGCGAGUUAUGAUGACAAAUAUUAAUGAAUACAAACCAACCCUUAUGUGUAGUGAUAUACUCGGGGAUAGCCGUUGAGGACCACAGCGACGAAUUGGAGCAGAAGAUGAUCGACGCGCACAACAAAGUGAGACCUGGCAAACACAAACUGACCAAGUUGAAGGAUCAUGCCUACACCAGAGAUCGGUGCAAGAAGAAAGUGGGACAACCAUUGUCUAAGUCACCGAAACCUGUUGACCCCAAAUACGGUGAGAAUGUGUACCGAAUGAAUGGCAAGGGCUUGACCUAUGAUAAAGUAGCCGGGCUCGUCGUAUUAGCAUGUAAUAGCGGUUUCCAGAAAUACCUACUGACUAAAAACGCAAAGGAAUACAAAUGGCUAGAAGAGAACCCGGAUGGAAAAUGGCUGUCGUUCACCCAAGUCAUGUGGAAGGACACGAAGGAGGUGACCUGUGCUAUAUGUGGGGACACCAAGGAUGGCAAGACUGAGGUGAAUGUGGUGUGCAAUUACCUGCCGGCCGGCAAUGUGAAGGACCACUACAAGAAUAAUAUGAUCGAACCGUUGGCCCGAUCGACGUCUCUGUUCGUUGAGAUGCCGGACGACCAGAAUAGUGAGUUAGACACCUAUGGCGCCGAGGAAAUGGGGUUUUCGCGCAAAGCACUCAAAUAG